GAGGCGGCCCGCGCGCCACAAAGACCGGCGGCGUCUCUCCGCGGACGGCCCGCGAGCGCCAUGUCCUUCGGCAGAGACAUGGAGCUGGAGCACUUCGACGAGCGCGACAAGGCGCAGCGCUACAGCCGGGGGUCGCGCGUGAACGGGCUGCCCAGCCCCACGCACAGCGCGCACUGCAGCUUCUACCGGACGCGCACGCUGCAGACGCUCAGCUCCGAGAAGAAGGCCAAGAAGGUGCGCUUCUACCGCAACGGCGACCGCUACUUCAAGGGCAUCGUGUACGCCAUCUCGCCCGACCGCUUCCGCUCCUUCGAGGCGCUGCUGGCCGACCUGACCCGAACCCUGUCGGACAACGUGAAUCUGCCCCAGGGCGUGAGAACCAUCUACACCAUCGACGGGCUCAAGAAGAUUUCCAGCCUGGACCAGCUGGUGGAAGGGGAGAGCUACGUGUGUGGCUCCAUAGAGCCCUUCAAGAAGCUGGAGUACACCAAGAACGUGAACCCCAACUGGUCCGUGAACGUCAAGACCACCUCGGCGUCCCGGGCCGUGUCGUCGCUGGCCACCGCCAAGGGGGGCCCCUCCGAGGUGCGGGAGAACAAGGAUUUCAUCCGGCCCAAGCUGGUCACCAUCAUCAGAAGCGGGGUGAAGCCGCGGAAGGCCGUCCGGAUUCUGCUGAACAAGAAGACGGCGCACUCCUUCGAGCAGGUCCUCACGGACAUCACCGACGCCAUCAAGCUGGACUCGGGGGUGGUGAAGCGCCUGUACACCCUGGACGGGAAGCAGGUGAUGUGCCUUCAGGACUUUUUUGGUGACGAUGACAUUUUUAUUGCAUGUGGACCAGAGAAGUUCCGUUACCAGGAUGAUUUCUUGCUAGAUGAAAGUGAAUGCCGAGUCGUCAAGUCCACGUCGUACACCAAAAUAGCGUCGUCCUCCCGCAGGAGCACCACCAAGAGCCCGGGACCGUCCAGGCGCAGCAAGUCGCCGGCCUCGACCAGCUCAGUGAAUGGAACCCCCGGUAGCCAGCUGUCCACUCCGCGCUCCGGCAAGUCGCCCAGCCCGUCGCCCACCAGCCCGGGAAGCCUGCGGAAGCAGAGGGGCUCUCAGCAUGGAGGCUCCUCCACUUCCCUCGCGUCCACCAAAGUCUGCAGCUCGAUGGACGAGAACGACGGACCCGGAGAAGAAGUGUCCGAGGAAGGCUUCCAGAUUCCCGCCACAAUCACAGAGCGGUACAAGGUCGGAAGGACGAUAGGAGACGGGAACUUCGCCGUGGUCAAGGAGUGUGUGGAGAGGUCAACUGCUAGAGAGUAUGCUCUGAAAAUUAUCAAGAAAAGCAAAUGUCGCGGCAAAGAGCACAUGGUCCAGAGCGAGGUGUCUAUUCUAAGAAGAGUGAAGCACCCCAACAUUGUUCUCCUGAUUGAAGAAAUGGACGUGCCAACCGAGCUGUACCUUGUCAUGGAAUUGGUAAAGGGCGGAGACCUCUUCGACGCCAUCACGUCCACAAACAAGUACACGGAGCGCGACGCCAGCGGGAUGCUGUACAACCUGGCCAGCGCCAUCAAAUACCUGCACAGCCUGAACAUCGUCCACCGCGACAUCAAGCCCGAGAACCUGCUGGUGUAUGAACACCAAGACGGCAGCAAAUCACUGAAGCUGGGCGACUUCGGACUGGCCACCAUUGUGGACGGCCCCCUGUACACGGUCUGCGGCACCCCGACAUACGUGGCCCCAGAGAUCAUCGCGGAGACCGGAUACGGCCUCAAGGUGGACAUCUGGGCGGCCGGCGUGAUCACGUACAUCCUGCUGUGUGGCUUCCCUCCGUUCCGUGGAAGUGGUGAUGACCAGGAGGUGCUUUUCGACCAGAUUUUGAUGGGGCAAGUGGACUUCCCUUCUCCGUACUGGGAUAACGUUUCUGAUUCUGCAAAGGAGCUCAUCACCAUGAUGCUGCUGGUCGACGUGGAUCAGCGGUUUUCAGCCGUGCAGGUCCUGGAGCAUCCCUGGGUCAAUGAUGACGGCCUCCCAGAAAAUGACCAUCAGCUGUCGGUAGCGGGGAAGAUAAAGAAGCAUUUCAACACCGGCCCCAAGCCGAACAGCACGGCCGCUGGAGUUUCUGUCAUAGCACUGGACCACGGGUUUACCAUCAAGAGAUCAGGGUCUUUGGACUACUACCAGCAACCAGGAAUGUAUUGGAUAAGACCACCGCUCUUGAUAAGGAGAGGCAGGUUUUCCGACGAAGACGCCACCAGGAUGUGA